GUAGGGAGGGGGCAACCAGCCUCUGAGGCAAGCAGAGUGCCACAGCGACCUCAGGCAGAGGAUCUGUGAGGCUGUCUGGUGGUUUGAACUGUUCCAGUUUCCUCCAAACUUCAAUUCCCACUUUCCCCUGGGAUGAUGGAUGACACUGAGAAUGAUUUCCAGAGGGUGAUCCGCCGCCACUAUCGCGAAAGAAGCGAGUUGCAAGGUCACAUCCAGGCCUUGAAAAGUUCUGUCCCAAAGAGUGACAAGAACAGAAGAAGGCGGUUGCUUGCCGACGUUGCUCGCCUCGAGGCCGAGAUGGAGCAGAGGCACCAGCAAGAGCUGGAGAAAUUUGAAGAUCUUGAGCCCAGCUUGGAAUCGGUUACAGCCGACCUCACCAAGAUGAAUCUUGAGAAUCUGCCUCCACGCCCAUCGAAGGCCCAGAAAAGGCGCGAGCGAAGAGCUCACAUGGAGAGACAACACCAGGAGAGGAUGCCUGCGGCCCGGGCCCAACAGCUGGCCACCUUCCGCCGUGACGAGGAAGAGAAGGUCACUGCCAUUCUGGGGGCCAAAAACCUGGAGAUGAAGACCAUCCCUGCCGAUGGCCAUUGUAUGUACCGUGCCAUCCAGGACCAGCUGGUGUACUCGGUGACGGUCGAGAGCCUUCGCUAUCGCACGGCCUACUACAUGAGGAAACACGUUGAUGACUUCUUACCUUUCUUCACUGAGCCCGAGGCUGGCAACUUCUACACCCGCGAAGACUUCCUGAGGUACUGCGAUGACAUCGUGCACAGGGCAUCGUGGGGCGGCCAACUGGAACUGAGAGCCAUGUCACACGUCCUGCAGACCCCCAUCGAGGUGGUACAGGCCAACUCACCCAUCAUUGUUAUUGGGGAGGAGUACACCCGGAAGCCACUCACACUGGUCUAUCUGCACUAUGCCUGCGAGUUCGGAGAGCACUACAAUUCAGUGAAGCCCAUUGAGAGCCCUGGCGCCACUGGAGGUAUGGCGCCACGCCUGUUCUAGAAGUUUCCAGCAGUCACCAGCCACAGACCUCUGCCCUAGACGCCAUGUUUCUUCGGCGCUUGACACCACAGAUGCUGGGAGAACUGAAACAGCUAUGGCGUUUCUCCGUUUCUCGAUUUCUUGAUGUCCUGAAUGUGCCAAAAGAAGAGCAAGAAUGGAAUGAUUUGCAGUAAUUUUUAAGGUUAAUGAUCAAGUCCUGUAUUUCAGUGAAGUUACUUAAAUUCAUUUUGAAAAACCUUUGUCCCUUCCAAAUGUUCUCAAAUAAUAUAUGUAAGUUCAAAAAUGUUUUAAAACGAUUGUGCAG